UGCGCAAGGUCAGUGCAAGCUGGAAAAGGUGAAAGCUGCCAGGGGCAUGAUUGCAACUCGGGACGGGAUUCUCUUAGUUGCUGCUGUCGCUGCUGCUGGCGUUGCAAGUCGGUGAGCCUGCAACCUGCAACAUAGAGCGAAAGCUCUUUGAUCGUCGCUCGUUAAAUGCCCGACACUAAACACUGAUGAUAACAAAGUUGUGGGCCCUCUCACUGCCGAGCUUUAGCUGGCAAGUAUAUAAAGGAUGCUCGCUGCUGGCGCACUUUCAGUUGGAUUCUGAGCGAGGCACCAGCAGCAACAGCAGCAGCUAAGACGAGGAGCUAGAACAGGAAUAGGAACAGGAGCAGUGGCAGCGACAGCGGCAGCGGCAGAACCAGGAGCUGGAAAAGGAUAACCGAAGGAAAACUAGCUCACCGCAAAGUGAGAACUGUAUACAUGUGCUAGUGUGUGUGUGUUAGUGAGAAGAAGAAAAAAAGAAAGAAAAAGUAGCCAGUGCGAUGGCCAGUAGACUAGCCUAGUGUGUUCAAAUGCAAGACUGACCAAACCAAGCAAAACCAAACCAAUCCAAACCAAGCCGAGCCGAGCCAAGUCGAGCUGAAAAAAAGGGACUAACAUCCUUAAGGAACCCAAUCUGAUUGACCAGGAGCAGCCAGGAACAGCCGCCGCACUGGCGUCGUUUUGUGAGCGCGGCUUGAUGCCCGACUCGAUGAUGGACAUGGAGCAUCGGGACCACCAGCUGCACCGCCAGCAGCCGUCGCACCACCAGCCGGGCCGCCUCUCGGCCAGCACCAGCACAUUUGCACCACCGGCCCCGGCGGGGAGUCCCUCGGCGGCGGCCAGCGAUCACAGGGAACGGGAACGGGACCACCACCUGCAUCACCAUCAGACGAAUGCAGCUUCCUCGCCACUGCCCGUGACUGCAUCCAUACAGCUGCACCAGCAGCAGCAGCCGCCACCACAGCAGCAGCAGCAGCAGCUGCCGCAGUUGCAGCAACCACAGUUGCGCGAAAGGGAACACCACCACCAACACCAACAGCAACACCAGCAGCCGCAGCAGCAGCAGCAGCAACCACAGUCACUGCCACCACAACAACUGCCCCACAGCCAUCAUGCGUUGAUGCAACAAUCGCAGCAGCAGCAGGCCAUCCACCGAGCCGAGGCGCGAAGAGAUACACAAGCAAAACAUUCACAUGGAUUUCUCUAUUCGGACGAGGAAAUCAGCGAUAAGGCUUCAACAUGCGGCAAAUUGCUAAUAUUUCUAUCCGUGGCGCUUGUGAUACUCACAUUACCCUUCAGUCUCUUCGUAUGCUUCAAGGUGGUGCAGGAGUACGAGCGUGCGGUUAUCUUCCGUUUGGGUCGCCUCAUGCAGGGCGGUGCCAAGGGCCCAGGUAUCUUCUUCAUCCUACCCUGCAUCGACUCGUACGCCCGCGUGGACUUGCGAACCCGCACCUACGAUGUGCCACCCCAGGAGGUUCUCACAAAGGAUAGCGUUACGGUUUCGGUGGAUGCAGUGGUUUACUAUCGCGUAUCAAAUGCAACGGUCUCUAUAGCGAACGUGGAGAAUGCUCACCAUUCGACCAGGCUACUGGCACAGACUACUCUACGAAACACAAUGGGAACUCGGCAUUUGCAUGAGAUACUCAGCGAGCGUAUGACGAUUUCCGGCACAAUGCAGGUUCAACUCGACGAAGCCACCGAUGCCUGGGGCAUCAAAGUUGAACGUGUUGAAAUUAAGGACGUGCGCCUGCCGGUGCAGCUGCAACGCGCAAUGGCUGCCGAGGCGGAGGCCGCCCGUGAGGCACGCGCCAAAGUCAUCGCCGCCGAGGGAGAGCAGAAGGCUUCGAGGGCGCUGCGCGAGGCGUCCGAGGUGAUUGGAGAUUCGCCGGCCGCCCUCCAACUGCGCUAUUUGCAGACACUCAACACCAUAUCCGCGGAAAAGAACUCGACGAUUGUGUUCCCGCUGCCCAUCGACUUGAUAACUUAUUUCCUGAAGACCACAGAGGCCACCACGCAGCAGAAUGCGGCAGCGGCUGUGGCAGCAAUUGGCAAUACACCGCCGCCGUUGCAACUCGCCCCGCAGCAGCAGCCCCAGCAACAGCAAUACCAGCAGCAGCCACCACAGCAGCAGCAGCAACAACAGCAGCAGCAGCAGCCGCCUCAGCAGAUGCAACCGCAGCUCUACCAACAACAGAUCUCAUCGGCGAUGUAAGACCGCUGAAGGAUGAGCUGCCCAGCCGUUUAAAUAAAUCAAGAAUGGCAGCAAUUAUAUCGUGGCAGCAUUUACUCAAAAGUCAUUUACAAACAACCAAUGGCAACCAAAAAUGUAAUUCAUAACACCGAAAAGUGCGAUUCGAAAUGCAUUCGCCAGCAGCUGGCCCAAAAAUACCCGAGGGUCCUUUAUAAAACUUAGACUAGUUUCUUACGAGGCGAUAGAGUUAGAUAUUUGUAGCUUUACGACCAGAGGAUGCAAUUCUUUAUAAAAUACUUACAUGGGAAUGAAGAACUGGCCAUAUUCAAAUCAACUACUCAACACAAAAAUACAUAUUCAAGUCACAUAGAGGUUUAAAUAAUUUAAACUCAUAGAAAGUGUUCUCGGGUCGGGCAGGUGAAAAUUCUAAAACCAACCAGUUUUGAAAAUCUCAAAUUCCGAAAUUCGAAAUAGUCAAAAAUGGUUGGUUUGGUUUUGUAUUUUCACAAACAACUGGCUAGGCCCU